AGGAAAGCCGCUAAUCAUGUGGUUACUUUAGUUGAUCAGCUGUAUCUGUUUCGUAUUUUUUGACGUAUGGUAUUUCAUUCGAUUCGGAUUCACAUGUUCCUAUUACAUGCUUACUAAGUCGACUUCAUUAUUUGAAGAAAGCAUUUUUUAUGGGAUAUGUUUCACAACGGAUCUUGAUUUUAUGAUACAUAUGAAUAAUGCUAGAUAUCUACGAGACUGUGACUUUGCUAGGUUUAAAUUUUGGAUAGAGAGUAAAGCAUGGCAAAUGGGGCAGAAAUUGGGAGCAAAGAUGUCAAAUGCUGGGAAUAAUAUCAGAUACAGACGAUCUCUACAACUCUUCGAUAUUUAUAAGAUCAAAACAAAGUUAGUGUACUGGGACGACAGGUCUUUCUACUUAGAACAACAGUUCAUCAGGACAAGGGACGACUUUGUAUGUGCUGUAAAUAUAGUCAAACAAACAAUGAUAGGCUGCUCUCCUGCCUUGCUCAUAGAGAAACUUACUGGAGAACAGAGGGAACCAGUUUUGACAGAGGAACUAAAAUGUUUGUUAGAGUCAUGGCAGCUUUCGAGCGAAAGACUUCGACAAUCAAGUUGAUGCUGGUUUAACCAUAGUUGUAUUUUUAUUUUAAUUCGUGAAAUUUGCAGACAUUUGAUAAUUCAAGCUACUUAAUUGUUCUUAUAAUUUUAUGAAUUAAAACUGUUUAUAAUUCGAACAUGUAAAUGGUAAAUUAUGAUUAACAAAUCAUUUCAAUGUUAUUGUUACAAAAAAAGCUAUGUUCAUUUAAUUUUCUUAAUUUUGAUAAAAAGAAAAAUCUA